AUCAUUUUGACACCACCGGAGACUUGCUUCUUCAAUCCCCAGACAAUAUCUACCCCUGCCGUAUGCUCUUUAAAAAUCGCUAUUUUUUCUAGAACCUUCUCACUCACCGGAGGGUCCAAAGCCUUAUCUUCUUAAACCCUAGAAAAACCACUCCUAAAUACGCAGUUACGACUCCUUUCUCACUUCUCUUUCCGCUCCCUCCAAUUCCCUGGUUCUUCGAUUGAAAAUGGCAUCAACCUUCUAUGCCAUGUCCUCUGUUGGCUCUUUUGCUACUCCCAGCAGCUGUGCAAUGGAUAAGAAAUUUAUAAAUUCUUCCGAAACUUUGUCUUCGUUGGCCUACAUGCCUUCAAGUUCUGUUAGAAGCAGAAUGCGAAAUGUAGUUAUGCAGAAAAGAUAUUCUCCUGUCAUCAGAGCAAUGGCGAAGGACCUACAUUUUAACAAGGAUGGUUAUGCUGUCAAGAAACUACAGGCAGGUGUUAACAAGCUUGCGGAUCUAGUGGGGGUUACCCUUGGUCCAAAAGGCAGGAACGUAGUUUUGGAGAGCAAGUAUGGGUCUCCUAGAAUUGUCAAUGAUGGCGUAACUGUUGCUAAAGAGGUGGAGUUGGAGGACCCUGUAGAGAACAUUGGUGCCAGAUUGGUGAGACAAGCUGCUUCAAAGACGAACGAUAUGGCUGGUGAUGGGACGACAACAUCUGUUGUUUUGGCACAAGGUCUGAUUGCUGAAGGUGUGAAGGUGGUGGCAGCUGGUGCAAACCCAAUUCAGAUUACAAGGGGAAUUGAGAAAACUACCAAGGCGCUGGUUUCAGAGCUCAAAUUAAUGUCAAAAGAGGUUGAAGACAGUGAACUAGCAGAUGUUGCUGCAGUUAGUGCAGGAAACAACUACGAAAUAGGAAAUAUGAUAGCUGAAGCCAUGGGUAAAGUAGGCAGGAAGGGAGUGGUCACUCUUGAAGAAGGCAGAAGUUCUGAGAACAGCUUGUAUGUUGUGGAAGGGAUGCAAUUCGACCGCGGCUAUAUUUCCCCUUACUUUGUCACAGACAGUGAAAAAAUGGCUGUUGAAUAUGACAACUGCAAGUUGCUUUUGGUUGACAAAAAGAUAACUAAUGCUAGGGAUCUGGUCAAUGUUUUGGAAGAGGCUAUUAGGGGAGGAUAUCCGAUUUUGAUAAUUGCAGAAGACAUAGAGCAGGAGGCCUUGGCAACUCUUGUUGUGAACAAGCUCAGAGGAGCACUAAAAAUUGCUGCGCUCAAAGCUCCAGGAUUCGGAGAGCGCAAAAGCCAGUAUCUUGAUGAUAUUGCUAUUCUUACUGGAGGAACUGUGAUUAGAGAGGAGGUUGGUUUAUCCCUAGACACAGCUGGAAAGGAGGUCUUAGGGCAUGCUGCCAAAGUUGUGCUCACCAAGGAUACGACUACGAUUGUCGGUGAUGGCAGCACACAAGAAUUAGUUAACAAACGAGUUUCACAGAUAAAAAAUCUUCUUGAGGCAGCAGAACAGGACUACGAAAAGGAGAAGCUUAAUGAGAGAAUUGCAAAACUCUCAGGUGGUGUUGCUGUCAUUCAGGUUGGAGCACAAACAGAAACAGAGCUUAAAGAAAAGAAGUUGAGAGUUGAGGAUGCUCUUAAUGCAACAAAGGCAGCUGUUGAGGAAGGCAUUGUUGUUGGUGGUGGGUGCACCUUGUUGCGACUUGCAGCAAAAGUUGACGCAAUUAAAGAUACUCUUGAAAAUGAUGAGCAAAAGAUUGGAGCUGAUAUUGUCAAACGGGCAUUGAGAUACCCAAUGAAGUUGAUUGCGAAGAAUGCAGGGGUAAAUGGAAGUGUUGUGAUCGAGAAAGUUCUAUCAAGUGACAAUCAAAAGUAUGGUUAUAAUGCUGCAACUGGAACCUAUGAGGAUCUUAUGGCUGCUGGUAUAAUUGAUCCCACAAAGGUGGUGAGAUGUUGUUUGGAGCAUGCAGCUUCAGUGGCAAAUUCCUUCCUUACGUCGGAUGCUGUUGUUACUGAUAUCAAGGAGCCUGAACUUAUUGCUGCUGGAAACCCUAUGGAUAAUUCAGGUUAUGGUUACUGAGUCACUGCGGAUUGGCAUAGAUGUCAUGGACAGUAUUUGCUCCCAUCGUUAUUUCUGCUCAAAUACGUUCAUUGCUGGAUUAACUUGAGGAUGUACUAAAGAUUUUAGGUAUGUUUUCCUUCAGGGCAUAAUAAUGUUGAGAAUGCUUGUUUACCCUUUAUCAAAGGUGGUGAGGAACUGAGGAUUACUUAAAGGUCAAGUUAGAGUAGUAUGGUAGGUUCACUUAAGAAUCUGAUGGGGGAAAUACUCUUACAAUGUAUUCAGUGUGAAUCGAAAGUUUUUGGAACUCAAUUCAAUCCACUUGGUUAGUUUUUCAAUAA